AUGGGUGAUGGCAUUACGGGAGAGAACCAGGAGAAUGGUCAUGCAAUCUUACAAGCAUAUUUUGUAACGAGGAGUAUAGACUUCAAGGAUUACCUCUCUCUCGAUGGUCAGAAAGGCAAAGCGCCCUGUUUCACCACGUCGGCCGUGCCUUCUUUAGCGAAGCAGAUUGGUUUCUUGGAUGUUAAUGAUCAAGAUGAUCGCGCUGCCAAAUACCAGAGACACAAUGACGUCGAGCAUGCAGUCUUGGUCUCUUCUAUCGCAGGAUCUAUGCCCUCUCAAUUUGCUCUUAUGGGUGGAAUGAAGGCCCAACAAUCAGCAGUACACCUAGACCCUAGGGUGAUGCUGAAUACAAACGUUCCUUUCUCUGCCUUUAUAUGUGGAGUCCAGGGGAGCGGGAAGUCUCAUACUACGAGCUGCAUAAUAGAGAAUUGUUCCUUACCAUUGCCUAUUCUAGGGGCCCUGAAGCAGCCACUCUCCACAAUGGUGCUUAAUUUCAAUGAGUACAGCUCGAACGUUAGCACCCAGCCUUGCGAAGCUGCAUUCCUGUCUUCAGUUUUGCCGGAAUGGUCCAAGCAUGGACUCACUAUCCCUGUUAGAGUUUUGGUGCCUCCAUCCAAUUUCUACAACCUCAAGACGAUGUACUCUCAGAUACCAAAAGUGGAGGUCCGACCAUUUAGACUCAAACCGCGUCACUUGAAUAUUAGCACUAUGCUAUCUCUCAUGUCCAUGGUGAAGAACGACAAGAUGCCCUUAUACAUGAGCCACGUGACAAAACUGCUUCGUGACAUGGCGAUUGAGAGCAAUGGAGGUGCUUUCGAUUACCUUGGUUUUAGAAGGCGUCUGGACACUCUCCGUCUAGAUCGUACGCAGACGCCCUUUUUAUAUCAGAGGCUAGAUUUGCUUGAUUCUUAUUUGGACCUCAAAGGGGAGCACAAUGAUGAUUAUUUUAUUGAUGGUGGUGUCACUAUUCUGGAUCUGUCUUGUCCAUUUAUGGAUCAAUCUACGGCUUGUAUUCUUUUUCGAAUUGCUAUUGACCUCUUCCUGCAUGCACAUCCUUCGAGAGGUAAGAUGAUCGUGGCAGACGAAGCUCACAAGUACAUGAGCGAUACACCAGCGGCCAAGGAAUUGACAGAGACAUUCCUGAACAUCAUACGUCAGCAACGUCACUUAGGGGUCCGAACCGUUAUCUCUACACAGGAACCUACUAUCUCACCCCGUUUGAUUGACCUUUGCUCAAUGACAAUCAUCCAUCGGUUCACAAGCCCCGAGUGGUUCCGAACGAUCAAGAACCAUGUCAAUAUUAGCAAUGCGGGAUACAACGGUAACGCAGAAGAUAACUUCGAUGGGCUCCAACAAAUUGCUGGUCUGCGAACAGGAGAGGCUUUGGUUUUCGCGCCCUCAGCGUACCUUCUGGAUGCACAAAAAUCCAUGAUCAACGCUGCGCAUAAGGCUUUCAGAAUGGCGAUUAGGAAGCGUAUCACUUGGGACGGGGGGAGGACAAUAUUGUGUGUUCGUUGAUGCCGGAUGUUUUUACGUUGGGAUAUCCCUAGAGGCAGAUAGUCAUGUUGGUUUUACAGUUGGGUCGAUGCUGGAAGUACCGAAUCGAAAAUAUCGAUUACGUUGGUUGUCAGAAGCUGGGAAAAAGAGCUACAUAGUAGGUCGAUGGAGUAGUAACUAAGGUCAAGAAUAUUUGUCAAUAGCGGAGUGGGUGCUGGAAUGUCCCCAACAGUUACUGACAGUUCAGAA